UCCUUUACUAGGUUAUAUGUUUUAUUUCGACAAAAAAUAUAACCUAAUGCAUCUAAAAAGAACAGACCCAUAGUUACCAGCAUUCGUUCAAUUGCAGCCAAUUACGACACAAUACACGUUACAAAACUGACCGUUGAAUAUUUUCCGAUUAUCGUCGGUUGUUUUACUUUAUACAAUAUUCCUGUCAACGCUGAUAGAAGAUGCCAGAAAACCUGAAUGGUGAUCACGUUGAUGUAAAGGGCGCUAAUUGUGAACCUCAAGACAAUGAUGAAGAGAACACUGAAAAUGAUGUACACUUUGAACCCAUAAUAUCCUUACCCUUGAUAGAAGUAUCUAACAAUGAAGAGGAUGAAAUAGAGAUGUUAAAAUUGAGAGCAAAAUUAUAUCGUUAUGAUACAUCCAGUAACCCAGCUGAAUGGAAGGAACGUGGCACAGGGGAAGUUAAAUUGUUAAGGCACAAAGUGAAAAACACAGUCAGAGUAGUUAUGCGCAGAGACAAGACUCUUAAGAUCUGCGCUAAUCAUUUUGUGACUCCAUGGAUGGAAUUGAAGCCAAAUUGUGGCAGUGAUAGGGCAUGGGUCUGGAGUGUACUCGCUGAUUAUGCAGAUGAGCAACUUAAGCCAGAAUUGCUUGCAAUACGUUUCGCGAAUGCUGAGAAUGCUUUAGUGUGGAAGGAGGCAUUCGAGAAGGCUAAAAAGAUUGUAGGGUCUGAAUGUGAGAUUUAUGCUGGCAAAAGCAAUCCAGAGCAAAAACGUGUGGAAAGCGACAGCGAGUCGAGUAGUGACGUAAGUUAUAGCGAAAGUACCGAUAACGAGGAACCGACGAAAUCGCCCAUCAAACAAACUGAUGAAGAUGAAGAGACCUCUCAGCAGAAAAAGAUAGAAAAAGAAGCAGUGACGAAAUCGGCGGAAGACAAAUGCACGGUAACAAAGAGCGAGGAGAAACUAAUUGAAGAAAUUGAUAAGUUAGAGCUGAAAAAUGAAGACGAGAAAAAGUAAUGAAUCCGAUAUAUCCAUGGACAAUGGAGUUUGUUAUCAGACAGCACAUUCCGAUAUUAUGUGCGCCAACGUGCAUAUAUUACAUGUCACCAACGCUUCAUUCAAUCAUUGAAUAUACAUAAAUACGUUUUACUAGUUACGAUAUUGUGGAAGAGUUGAAUAAAUUUUUAUGUUACUCGAUAAGAUCAUAUUUGUACAAGCGAUACAAUAUUAUCUGUGAUUUCUUUUUAACCGAGAGAAGAAAGGAUUGACGCAAGAUAGCAUCCGUACUUGAAGAAAUGCAUGCAAAAGGGACAGUGUGUUAAGCAUUGGAGAAUGCUAAAUGAAUAAAUACAACGACAAUUGUGCGCAAACAGAGAAACUUUUUGCAUUUUAUUUUCCAUUAUUCUUAUUCGAAUUAUUUAUUCGAGAAUUCGAGAUGAUUUACCUAUUAUAUCACAUGUCUAUUCAUGGCUAAUAAUUACAUCGUGUAUGUUUUGAAAAAUGACAUAACGGAUUGAGAAAGUCGCAAAUAUUUGUAUGUGCGCAAUUGUGAGCGUAUGUUCUGACAAUUGGUAUAAAAUUGAUUAAAUUUUUAUCUACUCUGUUGUUUACAGUAUAGUAUCUAAACCCACAACCUGUUAAAAUUGCCUAUCUUUUAGAGAAUUCCCGAUAAUUUUAAUUUUUUAACCCUAUGUAAUUUUUAUAUAAUAGAUUAAACUGCAUUAUGUAAUUA